GAAUACGGAACUGAAGCAGCCGCUCGGUUUCUCGCUGUGAAGUGGCAGCAGCCAGGGAGGCUACCGGGCGUGAACGUGAAGAGCUGAGCGCUUCGAACCAACCUGCACACUAGAGAUGUGGAAGUCUGUGGUGGGCCAUGAUGUAUCCGUUUCUGUGGAGACACAGGGUGAUGACUGGGACACGGACCCUGACUUUGUGAAUGACAUCUCCGAGAAGGAGCAACGGUGGGGAGCCAAGACUAUUGAAGGCUCUGGACGCACAGAGCACAUCAACAUCCACCAGCUGAGGAGCAAAGUGUCGGAGGAACAUGAUGUUCUUAAGAAGAAAGAGAUGGAAUCAGGACCCAAAGCAUCCCACGGCUACGGAGGGCGCUUUGGAGUGGAAAGAGACCGAAUGGACAAGAGUGCCAUGGGCCACGAGUAUGUCGCGGAGGUGGAGAAACACUCUUCGCAGACAGAUGCUGCAAAAGGCUUUGGGGGCAAAUACGGAGUUCAGAGGGACAGAGCUGAUAAAUCAGCAGUGGGCUUUGAUUACAAAGGAGAAGUAGAGAAGCACGCGUCUCAGAAAGAUUACUCUCGGGGCUUUGGUGGCCGUUAUGGAGUGGAGAAGGAUAAAAAGGACAAAGCUGCCCUGGGAUAUGACUACAAGGGAGAGACGGAGAAACACGAGUCCCAGAAAGAUUAUGCCAAAGGCUUUGGUGGCCAGUAUGGGAUCCAGAAGGACCGAGUGGACAAGAGCGCUGUUGGCUUCAGUGAGAUGGAAGCGCCAACCACAGCUUAUAAGAAGACAAUGCCCAUAGAAGCUGCUUCCAGUGGUGCCCGUGGGCUGAAGGCAAAAUUUGAGUCCAUGGCUGAGGAGAAGAGGAAGUUGGAGGAGGAGGAGAAGGCACAGCAGAUGGCCAGACAGCAACAGGAGCGAAAGGCCGUGGUGAAGACGAGCCGAGAGGCUCAGCAGCCAGCAGCACCCGUGGAAGAGCCAGUGGUGCCGGCCCCAUUGCCCAAGAAAAUCUCCUCAGAGGCCUGGCCUCCAGCACAGAGUCGCCCGCCACCACAGCCUGAGCCCGUGAGAACCAGCAGGGAGCGCCCAAUGCCCUCCCUGCCCAUGAGGCAGGAUCCCCUGGAGGACAACGAGGAGCCCCCAGCUCUGCCCCCUAGGACUCCAGAAGGCUUCCAAGUGGUGGAAGAGCCAGUGUAUGAAGCAGAGCCUGAGCCUGAGCCUGAGCCUGAGCCUGAGCCUGAGCCUGAGCCUGAGCCUGAAAAUGACUAUGAGGAUGUUGAGGAUAUAGGCAAGCAUGAUGAGGAGGCAGAGGGGGACUACGAAGAUGUACUGGAGCCGGAGGAUUCUUCUUUUCCCUCCACCCAGGCUGGGUCGUCAGGCAGCCGGGGUGGGGCUGUGGGGAUCUCAGCUGUAGCCCUGUAUGAUUACCAAGGAGAGGGAAGCGAUGAGCUUUCCUUUGAUCCAGAUGACAUCAUCACUGACAUCGAGAUGGUGGACGAGGGCUGGUGGCGGGGACGAUGUCGUGGUCACUUUGGACUCUUCCCUGCAAAUUAUGUCAAGCUUCUCCAGUAACUGGCCCUCACUGUCUACUACAACUGUGGCUUCCCAUGUCCAAAGUGGCUGUGCCUCCACCCCAACCGCAUUCCCGCUGUGAGUCUGACAGGUGCCGUGGAUUACCUGCUGUUCUGGACAGACUUCCCCCUCCUGCUUCAGUAAGGGCUUCUGCUGGAGAAGGCAUGAAGAAAGGAGGUCUCCUUCCCCUCAGGGUCCUACCAUGCAUGAGCUAGAGGACGUUUACCUUAUGGUCCUGGCUCCUUCCCCAGGAAUGUCCGCACUAACAUCCCAACUCUGGUUUCCUCCCUUGUGAGCACGGGGCUCCCCUGUCUGCUCACCAAGAAGGUGAGUCUAGACUGUCUGGCUUGCCUUCCCUCUGCUUGGGCUUUAGCCCGCUUCUCUUCCCUACAGGUGUAUCUCUGAACCUUUCUUCUGUUCAGCCCUAAUGUUGGAAAUAAAGUAUUAAAUAAAGGUGGACUAUUGCUCACCACUA